AUGGCCUUCUAUGCGGCCGGCGCAGUCCAGAACGUCGCUUCUGUCACCACCGAGCUGUGGCCAACCAUGUCCACUGUCUUGCGAUCCUCCUGGCACGGCUUUGGGCGAAAGCCCAUGGCUGCCGGCAUCCGUCAGCUUCAUACCUCACGAUCAUCUCCGUCUACCGUAAUGGCAGGAGCGCAUCAAUGCGCGCAGCCUGCUCGUCCCGAAUACUCCGAAUCUGCUUCCUCGUCCACCGCCUGCGCUACUCCGUUUUCCAAGCUAUCUUCGGUAUCGCGAGUCGGACUAUGCAACCCUUUCGCUAGCGCUUCACCCUUCGCCUCCCUCAAGACACGUCAAUACUCUACCAUGUCUCGCAACGGCCCUCUAUCGCACCUCCGUCAGCUCUCGAAGCCAGGAAUGCUCGGAUUGAAUCUCGUACAACAACGCUCGCUCUUCGGUGGACCUUCGCAUGAACAACUUGCUCGAUUGGAACAGACUGCCAACAAGCACCCCAACAGCGCACCGUCCCAGGCUUCCUUCUACUCGGCACUUAUGCGCGCCAACAUGCCUCAAAUCAUCAUCAACCGGUACAACACAGGCCUUUUCGCCACAAACGAUGUCAUAGACAAGCUUUACAAUGAGGCCUUGACAAAGACUGGACAGCAAGGUGCUGUUCAGGAAGGACUUUCACCAGAAAAGCGUCAGGCCAUCACUCAGGCUCUCGGAGCAAAUGCCAACUCAGCCCAGGUCGCAAGAACCAAGGGUGGCAGUGGCGUUAAGACCGACCCUGUCUAUGUUGUUGUCGAGGAGUCCUUGAUGAACGUUAUCUUCAAGUGGAUCCGAUGGAUCUGCGGUUUCGCUCUGGCUGCCUACGUAUCCCUGGUCCUGAUUACGCUUUUCGUUGAGACUAGUGGUGUUCUCAAGAAGGUUGGUGGUGGCACUACUGCCGAGGUUCGUCCAGAGCAGCAGAACACCCGUUUCAGUGACGUCCACGGUUGCGACGAAGCCAAGGAAGAACUCCUCGAUGUCGUCGACUUUCUUAAGAAUCCAGACAAGUAUAACAAACUCGGUGGAAGAUUGCCCAAAGGUGUCCUCCUAGUUGGCCCUCCCGGUACUGGUAAAACCCUGCUUGCUCGUGCUUGCGCGGGCGAAGCUGGCGUCCCCUUCUUCUACAUGUCUGGUUCUGAAUUCGACGAAGUCUACGUUGGUGUCGGAGCGAAGCGCGUCCGCGAACUCUUUACUGCUGCUCGUUCCAAGGCGCCUGCCAUCGUGUUCAUCGACGAGUUGGAUGCUGUAGGCGGAAAGCGAAAGUCCCGCGACGCCAACUACCACCGCCAAACUCUGAACCAGCUUCUCAAUGAUCUCGACGGUUUUGAUCAAAGCACCGGUGUCAUCUUCAUUGCCGCAACGAACCACCCUGAACUUCUAGACCCAGCUCUUCUCCGCCCCGGACGUUUCGAUCGCCAUGUCCAGGUUGAGCUUCCUGACGUCAGUGGACGAUUGGCCAUUCUUAAGUAUCAUACCAAGAAGAUUCGUCUUUCACCCGAUAUCGACCUCUCUUCCAUUGCCCGCGGUACCCCUGGGUUUUCUGGUGCAGAGUUGGAGAACCUUGCAAACUCAGCAGCUAUCCGCGCAUCGAAGCUUCAGGCCAAGUUUGUGACCCUCAACGAUAUGGAAUGGGCCAAGGACAAGAUUACAAUGGGUGCUGAGAAGAAGACACGCACAAUUCCGCUCCAAGACAAGAUCCACACUGCAUACCACGAGGGUGGCCACGCACUUGUUGGUCUCUUCACCAAGGGCUUCAAUGAUGUUCACAAAGCAACCAUUCUUCCCCGUGGACACGCUGCCGGUAUUACAUUCUUCCUUCCCCAGGAAGAGAACCACCACACCCGCAAGCAGUACAUUCGUCAGCUCCAAGUAGCCAUGGGUGGCAAGAUGGCAGAGGAGAUUGUCUUUGGUGCUGACAAUGUAGCUGACGGUGCUUCCGGCGAUAUCCAGCAGGCCACUUCGCUAGCGUACAACAUGGUCACAGCAUGUGGAUUCUCGGACAAGCUCGGUAAUGUCGACUUCAAGUCCAACUACGAAAUGGUCUCCCCCGAGACUAAGCGACUCAUCGACGAUGAAGUCCGACGUUUGAUAGAUGAGGCAAAGUUAAGCGCACGAGAGCUACUUCAAUCGAAACGCACCGAGCUAGAUCGUCUAGCCGAUGCACUUGUUCAAUAUGAAACCCUGGACAAGCAAGAAAUCCUUAAAGUCAUCAAGGGCGAGGACCUCCCCGGUCGCCUAAAGGCUAUGCCCGAUUCCCCCAUAAAGAUACCAGACAACCCUCUUCCCACAGCUAUAUUGCCUCCACCGAGGGGCAACGGUGGCAAUGGCUCGGGUCCCCCGGGCCCGCCGCUACCCGCAUAG